GCAGACAGCUUUCGCGUCGCGAGGAGCUGAGUCGCGCUCGCGUCGCUGCUCGCUCGCCGUAGCUCGGCGCUGUGGAAGGCUGCGGCCACUUGGUCGACUUGGACGUUUUAUCACUUAACGGGGUGACUGGUAGGCGCGCGUGUCCGUCCCACGUCGUCAGCCGUCCGCCGAAACUACCAACUGCACCGCCAUGGCCGCGAGUAAAGUUCCUCAGUCUUCUGAGCCCAAAAAAUUCUCGCUCGUUCCCAAAAUCAUCAAUGGAGGCAUCGCUGGUAUCAUUGGAGUAUCAUGUGUCUUUCCCUUGGACCUUGUCAAGACAAGACUACAAAAUCAGACAGUUGGGCCAAAAGGGGAGAAGAUGUACUCAUCCAUGCUCGAUUGUUUCAAGAAAACAUAUGCUGCUGAAGGAUAUUUCGGCAUGUACAGAGGCUCAGCUGUCAAUAUCCUAUUGAUUACUCCAGAAAAGGCUAUUAAGCUGACAGCAAAUGAUCUUUUCCGUCAUUGGCUGCAUCCAGGAAACACCAAACAGAUGCCUCUUGUCAAAGAAAUGAUAGCUGGUGGCUCUGCUGGUGCCUGCCAGAUUGUGAUCACCACCCCAAUGGAACUACUCAAGAUUCAAAUGCAGGAUGCUGGGCGAGUGGCAGCAGCAGCCAAGCUUGCUGGAAAGGAAGUGAAACAUACAUCUGCUAUGGAAUUGACUCGCUCUUUGCUGAAGCAAAGGGGUAUUCUAGGAUUGUAUCGGGGCAUUGGUGCAACUGGGCUGAGGGAUGUGACCUUCUCUGUUAUUUAUUUCCCUCUGUUUGCACGCUUGAAUGCUCUUGGUCCACGCAAAAAUGAUGGGUCAGGUGAUGCUGUAUUCUGGUGCUCAUUCCUCUCUGGGUGUGCCGCUGGGUCUUUUGCCGCUCUUGCCGUCAACCCAAUGGAUGUUGUCAAGACUCGUCUACAGGCCAUAAAUCCUGUGGAAGGUUCAUCAUACAAUGGUGUUAUGGAUUGUAUUGUGAAAACAUUGAAGAACGAAGGGCCUCUAGCCUUCUUCAAAGGAGGUGCUUGUCGAAUGAUUGUAAUUGCCCCUCUAUUUGGCAUUGCUCAGACAGUUUACUACCUGGGUGUUGCAGAACGUCUUUUGGGAGUUCAGUAAUUGUAUUCAUAUUUGUGAUUGUAUUCAGUGUUAAAUGUGACAAGACAAUAAUGCACUUUGUUACCUCAGAUUCUUGUAUUCACUACAUUAUUUGUGCUUUAUAAUAUGAAUGUUGUGCAAUUUAUUUAUCUUUGCAUGAUGUUGUAGGAAAUGUUGUUAUGUAAGAUUCAAUGUAAGUGGACUUGUGUUGUUUCAUAUUUAUUACUGUGAACUAAACCUGUAUUUAUUGUUAAAAAUGCAUGGUUUAGGGUUUCUAAUCCAUGUGGGUUCGUUUUAUCUAUCUUACCUUUUAUCUUGUUUUUGAGCAUUUGUUACCAGUGAUAAUGAGAUGCAGCCCUGUUAAAAUUGAGCUUUAUUACUGUUUUUUAGCCAUAGAUUUUCAUUUUUGUCACAUCAUGUCAUACGUAUCACUUACAAUUUUUAUUCAUUCAAUCAUAUCUUUCAUAUCAACGUGUGCCUAUGAAUGGUACUUCCUGCCAUAGCUUUGAAGCUUCUUCUCUCAGUGAAUAGUUGUGUCCAUGCCCAUUUCAAACAGCAAUGUUGAUGAAGUAUUUGUGUUCAUGAGGCAACAGAUUUUCUCAAGGUCCUGUGCAGUAUUUUCAAGUUUAGUGGUCGAAAAAACUUCUGCAGCAUUUUCAAUGUAAUUUGAAGCUUACACUUCUGCAAAUUUUGUUGCCUUUUCUUUUGCUCAUGCAUAUUUUUCUUUUUCAAUAGAUGCCAUUGAAACUUCCUUAAAGGAAGGAAGACUGAGUUAAAGCUGUAAUUUUUAUUUGUAGUCAAUUAAUACCUUAUUUGCUCUUCUAUGUCAUGUGAUUAAAAAUAAAAAUAGUUGUGGGGUUGCCAUUUUCGAUAUUUUGUAACAUGAAAAUUGAUGUGUUCAUCUUUGAUAUCAGCCUUUGCCCUCUAUUUUGUAUGUCUUUGCUUUAUGCUUAUCAUCAAACUAAAUGUUUCAUGUUUUACUGCAUCUGAGAAAUAAGUGGUCUUUAAGCUGUGUGCGUUUUGUGCUGCUUGAAGACUGUCUAUAUUUUUUAGUAGUAUCACCUUAUAUUAUAUUUUUUGAAUAAUUCAUUCCGCAUAUUACUUUCUUUCUUAGUUUUGCUUUUUCCUAGCCAUUCCGUUUUGUGCUUUGUAUAUUUUACAGUUAGAUUUCUCUUUGUGGUGUUUUUCUCUUGACCUAAAAAAUGAAUUGAAAAUCCAUAUCUGUUUGUAACCAACAUUGAUUUCCAUGAGAACAUUAGUAGCAAGC